CCUAGUGCCUCUCAUCCCGAGAGGUUUAGUUUCUCUGAUAUCUUCUCCGUAGAUUUUCUCUUCAGGCAAACAAGAUGCAGAUCUUCGUUAAGACACUCACCGGCAAGACAAUCACGCUGGAAGUCGAGAGUUCUGACACGAUCGACAACGUGAAGGCCAAGAUCCAGGACAAGGAAGGGAUCCCACCGGACCAGCAAAGGCUUAUCUUUGCUGGGAAGCAGCUCGAGGAUGGCAGAACCCUGGCCGAUUACAACAUCCAGAAGGAGUCGACUCUCCACCUCGUCCUCCGUCUACGUGGUGGGAUGCAAAUCUUCGUCAAGACCCUGACGGGUAAAACCAUAACCCUGGAAGUCGAAAGCUCCGACACCAUUGACAACGUGAAGGCCAAGAUCCAGGACAAGGAAGGAAUCCCACCGGACCAGCAAAGGCUUAUCUUUGCUGGGAAGCAGCUCGAGGACGGCAGAACCUUAGCGGAUUACAACAUCCAAAAGGAGUCAACCCUCCACCUCGUCCUCCGUUUACGUGGUGGGAUGCAAAUCUUUGUCAAGACCCUGACGGGCAAAACCAUAACCUUGGAAGUUGAAAGCUCCGACACCAUCGACAACGUGAAGGCCAAGAUCCAGGACAAAGAAGGAAUUCCCCCGGACCAGCAAAGGCUUAUCUUUGCUGGGAAGCAACUCGAGGACGGCCGAACUUUGGCGGAUUACAACAUCCAAAAGGAGUCAACCCUCCACCUGGUCUUACGUCUCCGUGGUGGGAUGCAAAUCUUUGUCAAGACCCUGACGGGUAAAACCAUAACCUUGGAAGUUGAAAGUUCCGACACCAUCGACAACGUGAAGGCCAAGAUCCAGGACAAGGAAGGAAUUCCGCCAGAUCAGCAAAGGCUUAUCUUUGCAGGGAAGCAGCUCGAGGACGGUCGAACUUUGGCUGAUUAUAACAUUCAGAAAGAGUCGACCCUUCAUUUGGUUUUGAGGCUUCGUGGUGGGAUGCAGAUUUUCGUCAAGACUCUGACAGGGAAAACCAUUACUUUGGAGGUGGAGAGCUCGGAUACGAUUGAUAAUGUUAAGGCAAAGAUUCAGGACAAGGAAGGGAUUCCACCAGAUCAGCAAAGGUUGAUUUUUGCUGGGAAGCAAUUGGAAGAUGGAAGGACUUUGGCUGAUUACAAUAUUCAGAAGGAGUCCACCCUUCACCUGGUCUUGCGCCUUCGUGGUGGUUUCUAAGCUCCCUGUGGGCCUGGAUUUGGUUUAUGUGAAAGGAUUGUGUUGUCUGGCCCUGUUGAGGCCUUUAAAUUAAAAUUUGAAAGUCUUAAAUAUGUCUGCCUUCGCUUUAUGUAAUGCUUUAUUUUGAAUAAAAUUUUCAUAUUUGCUGCUA